GAGAAAAUAAGUAUUCGAUUUUAUUAAGCAAUAAGUAAAUUCCUGCCUAAAAGCAUGGAUUACCAAGUCCAGACCCAGCAGCCCAUGCCUGGCGGGAUGAACUGGGCGCCGGUGCCGCUGGCGCCGAUGCCGAGCUACAGCCCCGCGCUGGCCUACCUCGCGACCGUCGACCAGCUCGUCGUCGAGCAGAAGAAGGAGCUUGUGGAGAUCGUGCUGGGCUACGAGUCUGCCAACAAAUACGAGGUGAAGAACAGCCAGGGACAGACGAUCUUCAUGGCACUCGAGGAUUCGGACUGCUGCUCCCGCAACCUGUGUGGUAACCUUCGGCCUCUCGACAUCAAGAUCAUCGACUGCAACCAAACCGAAGUGAUGAAACUCGUCCGCCCCCUCGCGUGCCAGGGCUGCUGCUUCCCCUGCUGUCUCCAGACGAUGGACGUUGAGUGCCCCCCUGGCACGGUCGUGGGCAGGAUCGAACAGCAAUGGAGCAUCCUCACUCCAAAGUUUGACAUCAAGAACGAGGCUGGAGAGACGGUCCUUAAAAUCAAGGGGCCAAUAUUCCAGUGCAACUUUUGUGGCGACGUCGAGUUCGAGAUCCUGUCAGUGGACGGUGACACGCAGGUAGGCAAGAUCUCGAAGCAGUGGGCCGGAUUGCUGAAGGAAAUGUUCACCGACGCCGAACAUUUCGGCAUCAACUUCCCGCUUGACUUGGACGUCAAGGUUAAGGCCACGCUACUCGGUGCCCUCUUCCUCAUCGAUUUCCUGUACUUCGAGUUCAACAAAUAAGUCCGGCGCUCCCCACAACCAUCUCACCCAAGUCGUCCGUCACAGCAAACUUCUUUUCUUCAACCAAAAUCAACUCUCUUCUCUGUCUUAUGUUCGAUGUUUGCGUUCCAUCAAAUAAUUUCAUCCGGUGUAUCCUCCGAGGCUAUGUAUCCCCCGGCGGAAUUUAUUCUGAGAGGGAAUGUAUCCUCCGAGGGAAUGUAUCUUCUGAGGGAAUGUAUCCUCCGAGGGAAUGUAUCUUCCGAGGGAAUGUAUCCUCCGAGGGAAUGUAUCUUCCGAGGGAAUGUAUCCUCCGAGGGAAUGUAUCCUCCGAGGGAAUGUUUGCUCGGUGGGAGUCUCGCAAAGCAACAGUGUUCAUCGCGGUCGCACGCUCGAUGAAUAGUGAAUUUGUGUUGUUGUAUAAGGAAUAAUGUUUUUAUUGUUCUCGCUUGUCCUGAAUACUGCCGACUGCGGCUAAAAUCCAAUCUAAAAUGAUUUUUGUAUCACAUGCGAAUAUGUUGUGCGUGUGUGUUUGUAUGGAUUCAUACUUUAUUGCUGACAUCAUGAAUGCUGGCACCAAAGUUUCCUAUUCUUAUGUCAGCGCUCGUGUUCUAUUUUUCGUCCUGUUCUUAGUGCUUAUCUUUGUUCUUGGCCGAUUCAUUUUGCUUUAUUUUACCAGCCUUAUUUUCGCUUUAUUUUACCAGCCUUUACCAGAUUAGAUUACCACGGAUGUAUUUUUUAUAUAUAUUUUAUAACCACUAAUGUCCUUGCAGUGUUGCAUGCAGGAUUGACUACGAACUAUUAUAUGUCUAAAUUGAGAUUAGGUGUCUAAAACUCUAAAUAAAUAAAUAAAUAAAUAAAUAUUAUUUAUCUAAAGUCUAAUGUCUAUGCAAAUGAAUAUUGAAGAGACGUCGCAAGUAUCAAGUGUUACUGGCACCAAAUUACGGUUGAGGGCGAAUGAUUUUUUCAUUUAAUUACUCACGGCUCUGAGAAUUAGAGGCUUUAAUUUCCAAACCAUCCAAUGAUAUAGUUUAAUUGAUGCCAAAUUUUGAAAAUAUUUCAGCCGAAUAAUAUAUACAAGCAAUUCUUCGAAUUCUCGCGUCGUGCGGUACACCAUAAAGAACAGU